AUGGAUAACCCUAGGACAUGGGAGGAAAUUGUCUCUCAGAAAAUCAAGCUGCGAGAUCAAGCUCUACAAGAUUAUUUGGUCAAUGAUACAGAUCAGCGUAUUCCUUCCAUUGCCAAUGUGGAUAGACGAUCUUGCCUUGCUGGCGAACCCAUUGUUCAAGAAAUAACGGAUAUCCGCAGUGUGCCAAAUCUCUUGAGUUUGCUUCGCGAAAGGAAAUACACGGCCGAGGAUGUCGUUACAGCAUACAUCAGGAGAGCCGUGGUAGCCCACCAACUCACAAACAGUAUUACGGAAGUGGUCUUCGAAGGCGCCUUGAAACAAGCCAGAGAAUUAGAUUCCAAUUUCAUGAAAACUGGAAAGCUGAAAGGCCCAUUACAUGGGAUACCCAUUACGCUCAAAGAUCAGUUUGACAUUAAGGGUGUAGAUUCGACCUUGGGUUACGUUGGUCGUUGCUUCCAGCCGGCCACUGAAGAUGCCGUUUUGGUACAGCUACUCAAGAAUAUGGGUGCUGUCAUCAUUGCAAAAACCAAUUUGCCGCAAAGCAUUAUGUGGGCAGAAACUGAAAAUCCCCUCUGGGGACUCACAGUAAACCCACGAAAUCCCGAAUUUACUUCUGGCGGUUCGACUGGCGGCGAGGCUGCAUUGCUAGCGUUACAUGGCUCUAUCCUUGGCUUUGGGACGGAUAUUGGAGGCAGUAUCAGAAUCCCUCAAGCUAUAAAUGGGUUGUAUGGUUUCAAGCCUAGCAGUCAUCGACUCCCGUACUACGGGGUUGCUGUGUCUACUGAAGGCCAAGAGCAUGUUCCUUCCUCUAUUGGCCCAAUGGCCCGUGAUCUUGAGACCAUUUGUUACAUCAGCCGCUCGCUUGCAGACAGCAAGCCUUGGGACCUUGAUCCGAGAUGUUCGCCACUUCCCUGGAAUGAGAAUGCUUUUGAAGAGAUUCAAUCUCGACCUAUGGUAAUUGGUUUAAUAGUUGACGACGGGGUUGUAAAGAUACAUCCCCCAAUUGAGCGAGCCCUUCUUGCCCUUGCGGACAAACUUCAGGCACAAGGUCAUGAAAUAGUCGAGUGGGAUACGUCUGAUCACUUGCAAUAUAUGCAACUGAUGGAUCGUUACUACUCGGCGGAUGGUUUCGAGGAUGUUAUACGUGAUGUAACUCGUGCCGGGGAACCUUUUAUACCCCAUGUCAGAUCCUUGAUAUCCCGUGGCAGUGCCAUAUCCGUCUACCAAUAUUGGCAACUUAAUAAGGAAAAGUUUGAGCUUCAGAAGAAGUAUUUGAGCAAAUGGAACAGUAUGCGUUCAUCUUCCGGAAAGCUUGUUGAUGUGCUUCUCUCGCCUGUGCUGCCGCACGCUGCGGUCCCUCACCGAGCGCUCCGAUGGGUAGGAUAUACUAAGGUUUGGAAUCUGCUGGACUAUCCAGCUAUCUCAUUCCCUGUCGAUGAAGUUAGGAAAGGUGUUGAUAGUAUGCCGGACGUUCCUUAUUCGCCGAGGAACGCAAACGAUGCAUGGAAUUGGAGUCAAUUUGAUAUUAACAGUAUGGAUGGUCAUCCUGUCAACUUGCAAGUCAUUGGGAAGAGAUUCGAAGAGGAAAAAGUGUUAGGAGCUACUACAAUUAUUGAGAAAAUUUGGAAAACAGGGAAUUAG